ACACAACAAAAAUUUAAGUUUACAAAGCAUACAAUGUAUUUUUUAGCUCUAAUAUUACUUCAAAUAAAGUUUCUAACAGGUACUUGGCUCAUAAGUCAAAAAAAUUUAGCACCUGGGUUUGCGGGGACUGAUGGGUGGAAUAUUGCAGGAUAUGAUCCUUCUCUUUGUCCAAAUGGUAGAAGCAUCUGUGCAGGAACAAUAAUUUUAGGAGGCUAUGGGUGCUUUGGUGUUGGAGCUACAGCUACUUAAACAUUCUUAAUUGCUCAUCAUUGGCAAGUUAAAGUUGAUAUAAAAUUUUGGAUGAUCGAUUCGUGGGAUUGGGAAUAUCUCGUAGUUGAUUUAGGAGAUCUUCAUACUUCGCAAUAGAGGUAGUUAUCAUCAGGUACUUAAAUAUGUGGAGCUUCUUGGAAUGAUGAAAUAAGAGAUGUGAGCGUUACUAAAUAGAAUCACUAUGAAAGAAAUAUUUAAGUAGUAUUUAGCUCUACACUUGAUUAAGAUCCUACAGAUGAAAGUUGGGGAAUAACUGAUUUUACUAUUUCUGUUGAGCCUUGCAAUCCUACUUGUAAUCGCUGUUAAGGGCAAGAUGCUUUCUUAUGUAUUGAUUGCUGGCCUAAUGCUCAAUUUAUAGCAUACCAGAAUGGAUUAGGAUUUUGUUAAUGCAUAGAUGGAUUUUAUACUGUUUCUAAAAAUGUUCCGUGCUUAGAUCCUAUUUGUUCUCAAUGCCUUCCUUGUAAUGGUACUUGUGAAAGUUGCUCUGCUGGAGAUUAAUAUUCUUGUAUAAAAUGUAAACCUAAUUUAUACAAAUAAUACUAUGGGGCAUAUGAAGUAAAUAAUAAUUUUAGUGAUCCUAGAUAUUAGAAAACAUUAUGCUAAAGCGAUUGUUUUGCUUAAAAUUACUUCAAAGAUACAGUAUCUAGAUAGUGUUUGAAAUGUUUUUCUACAUGUUAAACAUGUAAUGGCUAAUUGGAAUAUGAUUGUACUUCAUGUAUAAAUGGCCUUUACUUGGAUGGUGCUACCACUGGGCAAUGUGUAUCUAAUUGUAGUACUUCAUAUUAUAAAGAUGAUACAGAUAAAAAGUGUAAAAAAUGUGAUUCUAACUGCCUACAAUGUUUGGAUAAUUAACCAACCUUUUGUUCUAAAUGUGUAAAUGGAAGUUUUUUGACAAUAAAUACUGGUAAGUGUGUGGCAGAUUGUGGAAUUGGUUAAUGGGGAAGAAGUAAUGAUUGGUCUUGUUAACUUUGUGAUAAUACAUGCUAUACGUGUGUAAAUAACGCUCAGAAUUGCACUUCUUGUACUGGGAUUUAUUAUUUUUACAAUAAUUAAUGCAUAAUUACAUGUCCAGGUGGGUAUUACAAAGGUAGUAAUAACACUUGCUAAAAAUGUGAUUAGUCUUGCAAAACUUGUGACAAUGGUUCAAACAUGGAUUGUUUGAGCUGUUCUCCUUCUUAUGGAUAUUUGAAGGAUAGACAGUGUAUUUCAUGUCCACCUUAAUUUUAUGGUGAUUCUUAAGACUAAACCUGUAAGCCUUGUAAUUCCAGUUGUUACACUUGUGAUGCCGGGAAUAAUACAGAUUGUUUAUCUUGUGUGACAAAUUACUUAGAAGACAGGUAGUGUAAAGUUAUGUGUAAAGAUGGAUAUUGGGGAAACAGUGCAACUCACACAUGUGAUAAAUGUGAUAAUAAUUGUCUUACCUGCAGUCCAUACGGUCCUGCUAUAGACUGCUAAAGCUGCUCAUCUCCUCUUUUCUUAAAAAAUAAAAGAUGUGUAAAAUCUUGCGAUCCCAUAGGAGAAUAUGGUGAUUAAAAUACAAGGUAAUGUACUGCAUGUGAUACAACUUGCUAUACUUGCAUUUAAAAAACAAAUACUGAUUGUACUUCUUGUACAGGCUCACGAUAUUUUUAUAUUAAUUAAUGUUUGACCACUUGUCCUGGUCCUUCUCAAUAUGGUCUUAAUAACAAAUGUACUAACUCAUGUCCUAGUAACAUGUAUGGAGAUGAUGGCACUAGAUUAUGCACGCUAUGUAACCCAAUUUGUCCCACUUGCUUUGGAUCUUAGACAAGUCAAUGCAAAUCAUGUGCUGUGCCUUAUUAUUUAGAGGGUAGCACAUGCGGACUAACUUGUCCUUCGAAUAAAUAUUAAAAUAACAAUAAUAGAGAAUGUAGUCCUUGUAAUUCAGAGUGCUUAGAGUGUAACGGAGGAACAAACAGCGAUUGUACUAAGUGUGAUCCUGUUAAAUAUUUUGGAUCUAAUAAAUGCUUUACUUCUUGUCCUCCUCCAUAUUUUAGUAGUACAACUACUAUGGAAUGUGUUCUAAAAUGCCCAAAAGGUUACUGGGGAGACACAAAUGAUCCUUAAAGAUUAUGCUAACUGUGCCACCCUUAAUGUGAAGAGUGCUUUGGUGGAACAUUUGAUAAAUGCACUAAAUGCAAGGUUAAUUUUUAUUUGUUCCAAACUACAUGUGAUAGUUGUCCUAUCAACUAUUUCCCUAAUACAUAGACAAGAACUUGUGAUUAGUGUUUUACUACUUGCAAGAGUUGUGAUGGCCCUUCAUCAUCGAAUUGCUUAAGUUGUAAUUCAGAUAGAUACUAUUUGGCAAGUAAAAAAGAAUGUUACGAUAUUUGUCCAAGCCCUUACUUUUCUCAUUUUACAAAGCCAGACUGCCUACUUACUUGUCCUGCUGAUUUUACAAAUUAUUUAUUUGGUAAUCCUAUAACAAGAAAAUGUGAAAAUUGCAAUGAAGCAUGUAUCUAGUGUACUGGCCCAAGCAAUCUUGAUUGUGUUAAAUGUGCAGCAAAAUAUUAUUAUUAUUAACAAAAUAAUAGCUGUUUGUUAACUUGUCCUGAUAAUACAUAUGCGGAUUCAAUUAGCAUGAAAUGUUUAUCUUGCGAUAAAAGUUGUGCUACUUGUAAUGGAGGUACCCAAUUUAAUUGUACUUCAUGUUUGCUACCAUCAGUUCUAUACAGUAAUUAAUGCAUUUAAAAUUGUCCAAACCCACUUUAUAAAGAUGAAGAUUUAAAGUAAUGUGUAGUAGAUUGCACUUCUAAAUUUCCAAAUAAAUAUGCAGAUACUAAAAAUAUGAUCUGCAAAUAUUGUCAUAAGUACUGUAACAAAUGCACAGGACCUUCAAAUACAUAAUGUUAAAAGUGUAAAAGCUCAUAUUUUAAAUACAAUAAUAGUUGUAUUGAAUAAUGUUAGCCUGGAACAUAUCAAGAAACAAAAAAAUAGAGUGAAAAUGAUGAUGAUUGUAAAAAUUGUAGUAGUGAUUGUCAAACAUGUUAUGGGCCUUCUAAUUAAAAUUGUUUAACAUGUAAUUCAUCUUUAUACUCUUUAAAGAAAAACGAUAUCCUAUUUUGCUUAUCAGAUUGCCCUGACUUGUAUGUUAAAAGCAUAUAAAAUAAAUCUUGUUAGGUAUGCCCAUCUUCAACGUAUUUCUUUUAAGGAUAGUGCAAACAGUGUCAUUAUACUUGUGAAACUUGCUCAGGUUCUUUUUAAAAUUAGUGUUUAAGUUGUGCAGAAACAAGAGGGUAAAACUCUUAGAAAACUCCUUAUUAGGGAGUAUGUUCUUGCUAGUCUGGUUACAUAGAAACAUUUGAAAAACUAUGCUAAUAAACUCCAUCUUAAGUCUAAGGUCUUACGGUUACAACUUAUGUGUCUUCAGUAACUGGAACAGUAGGAUCGUUUUUAAUAGGAGUUAUUGGUAGAAAUAUGUUUUUUAUAUAUAAUAUUUUGGAAAUAGCUUAAUUCACUAGCUAUUUUAGAUAUAUCAAUUUUAAUUAUCCUGUAAAUCUGGGAAAUAUUUUUGAUCAUUUUUAUAUAUCCCAAAUAUCAACAGUGUUUGACUUAAAUUCUCAACCUACAGCAAGUGCAGGCUAAAACGAUUAAAAUAAAUAAAGUGGGAAUACUAGAAUUCUUGAAAAUACUAGUUUUGAUGAUUACAGCUUCUUAUUUUAAUUGAAAGGUAAAGUCUUUCCUUUGUGGAAGAGUUUCUUCUUUUUAAUAAUAUUAAAUAUAUUUUCUUGGGUAUUUGUAUUUGGAUUAAACCUUCUUGCAACACAUUGGAAAAUAAAAUACAAUUAAAGUCACUUUUUAGAAAAAUUAAGAACAUGGACAAGCUAUGGAUUACCUAUUUAAAUGUUUUUAAGAACAUAAAUGGAAGCUACAUUAUAUUUUGUUUUAGUAUUUAAAUAUCCUGGUGAAGCUGGAGUUUUAGAUUGGAUAUUUUCUGUAUAUUUCUUAGUCUUAUUAUUAGCUAUUGUUUUUGUUAUGAUCAAUUAAAAUAGAAAAUAAAUUAACUUAGAUGAUUCUGGUGAGCCUGUCAUUUAUUACAAAAAAAUUGUAAAAAGUAAAAUAGCGAAUGGUUAAAUAUUAAAGUAAGAAGAUUCUCAAACGUAUCCUCAUCCUUUUAGAACUCUUUGGCAGUUUACCAAAAAAGAUAAAAUUUCAAGAAAUUAUUUCUUGUUUAACUUAAUUUUUAAAUUAGUAUUAGUAGUAUUAGUUGUAGAGCUUAUUUAAAGUCCUGAUAAAUAAAUAUUAUCAUUUGCUAUUAUAAAAACAAUAUUCUUCAUUUUAAUUGUAUCAAUUAGACCUAUGAUUAGCAUUUGGUAUAAUGCAGUUAUUAUUUUUAAUGAAUUUUUCUAAGCAAUAUGCUGUUAUUUGAUUUAUAUUUGCAUUAAAAUAUAACCAAACAGCUAAAAUUCUUUAGGAUAUUCAAUUCUAGUAAUAUUGUUUUUAUUAUUCCUUGUAAACCUGAUAGGGACAUUAAUUAGUCUAAUUUUUAUAUUGAAAUUGUUGAUUGAUUCAAUUGUUAAGAAAAAAUCUUCUACCACAACUACAACUUAAGUUUAAAUCAAAAAAUAGACAAGGGUAGAAGCCUUAAAUAAAAGCUAAAAGUUAGAUUUAUUUGAGUAUGAGACAAAUAGAAAAGCAAAAAAAGAAUCCUCAAGAAUAUUAGAUAAUUCUUCAACAGUUUAAAUGCAAAAAGAUAAUAAUUAGGAUGAUUUUGAUCUAUCAAGAGUUAACUAAAAUGAUUCGUUUUACUAGUAUGAUGUUGACAAUCCUUUCUAGUUUUUAUAAGUGUAACAAUCUCAAAUUUAAUAAAUAAGAAAGCAUAAAAAAGCAAAAAAAUUUGCAGAUAAUUCAGAGAUUUAAAAUAAUAAAAAGUAAAAUUAAGAAGAUGAGUAUUAUCAAAGUUAACAAAAUUCAAAUGGUAGUAUCUAGAAGCAAAAUAUAAAAGACAAAAACAUAGAUUAGCAAAAUGAUAUUAUAGAUGUUACUAAAUAAAUUAAGGAGAUAAAUGAAAAAGAGAAAAAGUAGUCUAGUCCAGAUAAUAAAAUUAAAGAGUUUACAGAUGAUUUUUAAAUUAUAAAUGAUUAUUCACAAACAAACAAAUAAAAUCUAAGAUAAAAUUAAGAUAUUAAACACUAAACUGAUUUUAAAGGCAAUUAAAUGCCUAAUUCUGAAACACCAGCAACUUAGUUUAUACCCAACACUCCUUCUCCUUUACCUUUUACUUAUAAAAUGUAAAUAGAAGAGAGUAAAUAAUUCAUUACUCCUACUCCAGACAGUUUUGCUAUUUCAAAUAAUUGUUCUCCUUAACUAUUAAAUGAGUAAUUAGGAGAUUUAGAAAUAAAUAAGGAAACAAAAGAUGGCCAGUAAAACUAAAAAUAGAUAAAAUUAAAUCCUAAUAUUUAGAAAAACUCAUAACUAUUAGUAAAAUUUAAUAAAGUUGAAGAGCAAUAGGAUUUUAAUUAAUAAGAAUAAGAAAUAAGUGAUAAAACUUAAUAAGAAUAAACUAAUUUAAAUAUUAUUUCAUUUUUAACCGAAAUAACUGGAUCUAAGAAAAAGAAUAAAAAAGCAAAUCAAAAAUAAGUUUUAAAAUUGUGA